GUGUCUUAGUUUUAAUGGGGGAAAGGAACAGUGGCUUUGAUGUCCUCUAUCACAACAUGAAACAUGGACAUUUGUCAACAAAAGACUUGGCCGACUUUAUAAGAGAAAGGGCUGCAAUAGAGGAGACAUAUUCAAGAUCAAUGACAAAACUAGCCAAAUCAGUGAGCAAUUACACACAACUUGGGACAUUUGCACCAGUUUGGGAUGUUUUCAAAAUCUCAACAGAAAAACUGGCAAGCUGUCACUUGGACCUCAUGCGGAGAUUACAAGAGCUAAUAAAAGAAGUUCAUAAGUAUGGAGAUGAACAAAUCAAAACUUAUAAAAAGACUAAAGAAGAUGUUUCAUGAACACUAGAAGCAGUGCAAAAUAUUCAAAGUAUCACUCAGGCCUUACAGAAACAGGAAAACUACAAUGCAAAGUUUGUCGAACAAGAACGUUUGAAAAAGGAAGGAGCAACACAGAGAGAAAUUGAUAAGGCUGCAGUUAAAUUGAAAAAAGCUACAGAUACCUAUAAACUGUAUGUGGAGAAAUAUGCGGCAGUUAAAUCUGCUUUUGAACAGAAGAUGACCGGAAGUGCACAGAAAUUUCAAGACAUUGAAGAAACACAUCUUCUUCAUAUGAAAGAUAUUAUAGAAUCAUUGUCAAAUAGCAUAAAAGAAAUUAAUUUGCAAAUAGAAGAGGUACAUGAAGAGUUUAUUGAUAAUAUGACAAAUACUACAGUUAAGAGUUUAAUACAGACAUUUUCUGAGUCAAAAGGAACUGGCAAGGAAAGACCUCGCCCUAUUGAAUUUCAGGAAUGUAACACAUCCAGUGCAGUUGAAGGGAUAAAACCACGAAAGAGGAAGCCAUUUGGUUUAUCAGGGAUUAUGAAAAAAGAAAAAGACACUGAGUCCAUCUCCAGAAGAAGAUCCCUGCUCAGCCAAGCCGGCCUUCUGCCUCACCUGCUUGACUUCAGACACUUGGGAAUUGCCUGCUUCUGUGCCCUUAGGAGUGUUUCACGUGGUCCCAGCCCUGUCAGACUUGGAAACCAGGACAUCGUGCCUGUUGCAGUAGCCUUUACUGAAUCUGUUAACGCCUACUUUAAAGGAACAGAUCCCACAAAAUAUAUUGUGAAGAUCACUGGUGAUAUGACAUUAUCAUUCCCAAGUGGGAUUAUUAAAGUCUUUACCAGCAACCCAUCUCCAGCAGUGCUCUGCUUCAGGGUAAAAAAUACAAGCAAACUAGAGCACAUUCUUCCAAAUGCACAACUUGUGUACAGUGAUCAGUCACAAAGUGACUCUAGUACUAAGGAUUUUUGGGUGAACAUGCAAGCCAUAACUGUCUACCUCAAGAAAUUAUCAGAGCACAAUCCAUCUGCAUCCUAUUAUAAUGUGGAUGUUUUAAAUUAUCAGGUAUCUUCAAAUGGCAUCCAGUCCACUCCCUUGGAUCUUGCAACUUACUGGAAAUGCAAUGCUAGCACUACUGAUGUGAGAAUGGAUUAUAAAUAUAAUCCAGAGUCUAUGAAUGUGCCUAGUAUGCUGUCUAAUGUGCAGGUUGUGGUACCAGUAGAUGGUGGAGUAAAAAACAUGCAAUCACUUCCACCAGCAAAAUGGAAUGCAGAUCAGAUGAAAGCUUAUUGGAAAAUAUCUAGCAUUUCAGAGAAGUCUGAGAAUGGAGGUUCUGGAUCCCUCAGAGCAAAAUUUGAACUUUCAGAAGGACCCAGUAAACCGGCAACACUUGCAGUGCAAUUCAUUAGUGAAGUAAGCACCCUUUCAGGAAUAGAUGUAGAGCUAGUAGGCACUGGCUAUCGACUUUCCCUCCUUAAGAAGAGAUUUGCCUCUGGACGAUAUAUGGCAGACUGCUGA